GUCUGAAUUUGUGUUGCACUAGAUGUAAGCAAACGCCGCUGCUUAAAAUAAAAAAGUAAAAUCGAUCAAUAAGUUCAUUUAAUUUGUACAUAACAUUACAUGUGUGGAAAACAUUGUUCAUGUUGUGCUUUUGUGUUGUGAAAAAAACUAAAAAUAAAGUUUCCUCUCAACAUAUAUCCAUUCACAUGUAACCGAUGAAUGUACUCAGUAGAAACACUGUAUAUAGUAGAUAUUGUUAUAUAUAUAACUUUAAUAAAUUUAAAAACUCACUUAAAUUGAUUAAUGCACAAGCGUGAAAACACAACAAACCAAAAAUCAACAACAACCUAAAAGGAUUUAGAUAAGCAACAAAAACGAUGACAGCUUUUGGUUUUGUGUUGUUAUCAAUGAUGGGUUGGAUGAACGAAACGACGCCAUUGCGUAGCCGAAUAAUAUCGCGCAGUGAAUGGGGUGCACGUGAUCCAAUAUUAGUGGAAAAAUUCACAGACCCUUCAGCGUUUGUGAUCAUUCAUCAUUCGUAUACUCCUGCAGCUUGUUACACAACCGAUGACUGCAAAAAGGCAAUGCGAAGCAUGCAAGAUUUCCAUCAACUGGAACGUGGCUGGAAUGAUAUCGGUUAUAGUUUUGGGAUAGGUGGGGAUGGCAACAUUUAUGUAGGUCGAGGGUUUAAUGUUGUCGGCGCUCACGCUCCUAAGUACAACGAUAAAAGUGUUGGCAUCUGUUUAAUUGGUGAUUGGAGAACUGAAUUGCCAACAGACACAAUGUUACAAGCCACCAGAGAUUUAAUAGCCUUCGGCUUAUCACGAGGUUAUAUACAUCGGCAGUAUGAACUCCUUGGACAUAGACAAGUUCGCCCUACGGAAUGCCCUGGAGAUCGUCUAUAUAAUGAGAUAACAAAGUGGCCACAUUUUUCUCCGGCGCCGAAUAAUAAUAAAAAUAAUAAUAAAAAAUAUAAAAAUUAAGUUAACCUUCCAAUUAUCUUGUUUUUUAUGCUGACAUUCUUUUUGGAUAUGAAAAGGCGACUCUAAAAUAUUUUGAAAUAAACAGUUAAUUAAUUAAUUAAUUAAUUUAAGUAAUUAGUUGACACCUGCUAAUAAUUACUAAAAAUCUUACAGUCGCCACCACGUGCUUGUAUGUGCACACUAAUACUGCAAUUGCAAUUCGAGCCCUUGCGGCAGCCAUUGCUGAUGUCACUCGUUUUUCUUUUAUAGCAUUUCAAGAUGUAAGUCAAAAGUCUUCUGUUUCUUUCGCAGCCGCUGUUUUUUGCCAUGAUAGUUGUAUUGACGGCAGAAAUUUAACAAAAAUUUGCAUGACUUCAGUUGAUAUUUCACCUGGGCUUAAUAAAAAAAAAAACUUUGUGUCACUCUAGAUAUUGAUGAUAUAUGCUUUCCUGGCCAAUUAUUCCUUUAUGUACUAAUCGACGACCUAAUUUAAUUUUUUUCUAAUUGGGAUUUUUUGUAUGACAUUUGAACUUAUUUCUCUAUACCUCAGUUUUACUUUGCCUU